AUCUAGGCAGCCUCCAUCUUACAAAUUCAACGCCUCGGGUGUCAUUAGCGUACCCCGAAGUCAGGUACGGAAUGUAUAUUUUAGGCAAAAUUAGACUAAUAAGACAUUCAUCAGAAAAUCAACCGCGGAGAUUGAUAUUCCGUUACAUCAGUGUGGGAUUUAGAGAGAGAAAAAGAGGAGAGGGGGAGAAUCAGAAACAACGAACCAGAAGAUAGCUUUCUAUUUCCAAAUCGAAGAACAUUAAUAGCACAGCACUUUGUUCUUACAAACUCCAACACCAUAGCAAUACAUAUAUAUAUAUAUAUAUAUACACAUAUAUAGAUACAUACAGUGUUAUAUAUAUAGAGAGAGAGUGUUUGUGUGUGUUGUUUUAGAGAGAGGGGAGGAUUGAGGGUGGGGGCAGAGGCGGCGAUGGAGGGGGAAGAGGAGGGAGACGAUAGCAGCGAAUCCAAACCCAAAUCUACGGUAAGAACAAGAUCAGGGCCGUCGAAUUGGUGGACGAAUUUCCACAGGGAUCUCUUGGCGGGAGCUGUGAUGGGGGGUGUGGUGCACACGAUUGUGGCCCCGAUCGAGAGGGCAAAGCUUCUGCUGCAGACCCAAGACAGCAACAUAGCGAUUGUGUCUGGCCCACACAGGAGAUUCCAGGGAAUGUUUGAUUGUAUCGUUCGAACUGUCAAAGAAGAAGGCAUUCUCUCUCUAUGGAGAGGCAACGGUAGUAGUGUUCUUCGCUACUACCCUUCUGUUGCCCUCAAUUUCUCACUCAAGGAUCUGUAUAGAAACAUCCUACGAGAGGGUCAUUUUGUGUCUGGUGCACCUGCCAACUUCAUUGCUGGUGCUGCAGCAGGUUGUACGACAUUGAUCAUCAUCUACCCUCUUGAUAUUGCACACACCCGCCUUGCCGCUGACCUUGGGAGAAAUGAGGCUCGUCAAUUCCGAGGAAUCUGGCACUUCCUGAGUACCAUAUGCAAGAAAGAGGGAAUUAAAGGUGUUUACAGAGGACUUCCCGCCUCUCUGCAAGGGAUGAUUAUUCACAGGGGCCUUUACUUCGGUGGUUUCGAUACCAUAAAAGAGAAGAUGUCAGAAGAAUCUCAACCAGAGUUGGCAUUGUGGAAGCGCUGGCUGGUGGCUCAGGCUGUCACAACAUCUGCCGGAUUGUUGUCAUAUCCACUGGAUACAGUUCGGAGGCGGAUGAUGAUGCAAUCUGGCUUAGAACAGCCAAUGUACCGAAGCACUCUGGAGUGCUGGAGGAAAAUUUAUAGGACAGAGGGCGUUGCUUCAUUUUACCGCGGGGCUCUUUCAAAUGUGUUUAGGAGUACUGGUGCUGCUGCAAUUUUGGUUUUGUACGACGAGGUGAAGAAGUUUAUGGAUUGGGGGGGAUUGUAGCAGGAAAUUAUUUUGUUGGCCAGUUUGUUCAUUCAACAAAAAGGAUUUAGAGUAGAACGAGACAAUGUCACGGCAACAAAAAUCUUGUAGCAGUGAAGGUGAGUUUGAUACGAGUUAUUAUGUUUACACCUUGAUUUUUGUUAACGAAUAAAAGGAAUUUAGUUAGAUGUUUUGGUCAUAUUCUUUGGCCAUGAAAUUGGAUUUAUUCGAAGCAAUGAAAUGCAAAAUGGUAUACUUUA